AUGGGCACCGUGCUAUCCCUCUCGCCUAGCGGUGGCGGCAAAGCCAGCCUUCCCGAGGAGGGCUCCACUAGCUCGCUGGCCCACUCCCCCGGCGGCAAGGGAAGCGUGCAGAAGGCGGACAAAACCCUCAAGAGACCCUCCAUGUUCAUCCCGGCCCUGACAUGGAAGAGGUUGGUGGCCUCCACUAAAAAGCGGGGCUCCCGAGGCAAAGCUGGCGGCGCCCUCCCGGGCAAGAACGUCCCACCAGGCAAGGAGGUGGCCCACCUCAACCACGAGAACCUCCAGAAGUCGCUCUCUUGCGCCAAUCUUGCCGGCUAUGAGGGGGGCGGGCCGCCCUUCAACACCAAGGGCCUCCCUGCCACCACCGGCUCUUUGCUGAAGCCCGGUGGGUCCUCGUCCCCCCGGCGGGUCAUCGUCCAGGCGUCGACCAGUGAGCUGCUGAAAUGCCUGGGUGAGUUUCUCUGCCGGCGGUGUUACCGCCUGAAGCACCUGUCCCCGACAGAGCCCAUCCUGUGGCUCCGGAGCGUGGACCGCUCCCUGCUGCUCCAAGGUUGGCAGGACCAGGCCUUUGUCACGCCGGCCAACGUGGUCUUUGUCUACCUGCUGUGCCGGGAGAUGAUCGACGGAGACCUGGUGGGCAACGAGCACGACCUCCAGGCGGCCUUGCUCACCUGCCUCUACUUGUCCUACUCGUACAUGGGCAACGAGAUCUCCUACCCUCUCAAGCCCUUCUUGGUGGAAGCCUCCAAGGAUGUCUUUUGGAACCGCUGCCUCCACAUCAUCCACGCCAUGAGUGCCCAAAUGUUGAGGAUCAACGCCGACCCACACUACUUCACGCAGGUCUUCGCCGACCUCAAGAACGAAGGCAACGUGGCGGCUGAGGACUUUGCCCGCGUCUUGGACCGGUGA